AUGGGUUUUAUUCACGGAAUACUUUUAAUAUUGUUCUUCGAAAUGGCGUCUAGCUUAUCGAAUAUUCGACAGCAUUCCGCAGCCAUAGAAGCAGUACCACCGCGAGUUUCUCUUACUCCGAUAGAAGACAAACAGAGUUCUAAAGAGAUGAUUAAUAUUGAUCCAUUCCUCACUACUACUCUGCUGCAAGCUGCAGCCAUGGAAAACGAUUCAAAUUUUAUGCGGAACUAUGCCAAGAGGAACAAGAUACGUAGAAUGUUGUUUAAAGAAGGCUUCUUACUAGUUUGA